AUGGACCUUUAUGAUGAAUUACCAGAAAGUAAACUCCUUUGUGAUGAAGAAUUUUCCUAUCUUUUGGAUGCAGUACAACAGAAUGGCGUCUGCGUUGUUGAUUUUUUAACGCUUACACCAAAGGAAUUGGCAAGGCUCAUACAGAGAUCAAUAAAUGAGGUUUUCAGGUUCCAGCAACUGCUAAUUCAUGAAUAUAACGAAAAAUAUUUGGACAUUUGUGAGAACAGCUCUAUCAGUUCAGAUGACGGUCCAAAAUGUUUCACAACCGCUGAUGUAGCAUUAGAUGAAACGUUAGGUGGAGGAAUAUUCACGCGUGGCAUUACGGAAAUAUUCGGAGAGAGUUCCACUGGUAAAUCACAAUUACUUAUGCAGUUAGCUUUAAGUGUCCAACUUUCUGAAGCUGCGGGGGGGCUUGACGGGAAAUGUGUAUACAUUACUACAGAAGGUGAUUUACCUACUCAGAGAUUGGAAAGUAUGCUAUUGUCUAGGCCCGCUUAUGGGAAAUUAGGUAUUACACAAUCCAACAUUUUUACGGUUAGCUGUAACGACUUGAUAAACCAAGAACAUAUAAUUAACGUUCAAUUACCCAUCUUAUUAGAAAGGUUUAAAGGUUCUAUAAAAUUGGUCAUAAUAGAUUCGAUUUCUCAUCAUUUGAGGGUGGAACUUCAAAAUAAAUCUUUCAGAGAAUCGCAAGAAAAUAAGAACUAUUUGGAUAGGAUGGCAGAAAAGCUUCAAAUAUUGGCACACGAUUACUCAUUAUCAGUUGUAGUGGCUAACCAAGUUGGAGAUAAGCCAUUAACAAGUAGUCCAGUGGCACAUAGGACAUACGUAACUGAUUAUGAUUACCAGUUGGGCUGGUUAGUGGGCUGGAAAAACUCAACAAUUCUUUAUCGGCAGAUGAAUUCAUUGUUUGGAGCAAACGCCAACAACGACGAAAUUCUCUCAGAUGAUGAAGAUUAUAUGCUAAUUGAGAGAGUGGUGAACGGUGUAAAUGACCGAAGUUACGAAUAUUCUUUACGGAAGAAGAACUCCCCGAUAUCUAAAAAUAAAACCUUGGAGCGACGUCCAUUAGGUUCUAAUUAUCAACAAAAAAAGAAGCGAAAAUUUGACUAUCGGGUCCCCAAUCUUGGCUUAACUUGGUCAAACCAUGUUUCAACACGAAUAUUACUUCAAAAGUCUUAUAAGGCUUCAACAAUAAUUCAAAGAGGUGAGGCUUAUCUUUAUAAGGGAAAUGAUUCAGCAAGCUUUUGGCAAGUUAAAAGGACGAUGAAAGUUGUAUACUCGACAUUCGCUAAACCUGGACAGGUAGCGUAUCAAAUUACCAAACGAGGAAUAGAAACAAUUUGA